GUACCAGAUAUCGACAGUCUGCUGGUAACUAUAGCAACAAGCCGAAAAGCUGGACAGCUAGUUAGCAAAUGUCGCCUGCUAUCGUUACCUUAUAAAUCCCCAAAACAAAACAGCACAUAACAUUAAAAUGUCCAGCCUGAAAACGCUGUAACGCCGUGUAGCUUCAAAACAUGAAAACUGCAUUCGAUAAGUGUGAAGUUUGUUGUCGUUUACUUCGUAUUUAGCCUACUUGUUAGCGUGCUAUCUCGUGCAACUCAUGAACUGCUAUGUUGUGACUUACGAUGGGGAAAUAUGUGGAAGAUGUGUCUGCGUCUCUCGUAAGGGAAUAUCUCAGUAGAAAGGGCCUGAAGAAAACCAUCGCUUGCAUGGACGAGGAGCUUCCACGAACUAAUUCAAGCAUCAAUAACAGAUCGGAUCUCUGCAGAAUACUUCACCUUGAAGGCCUUUACAAGAAAAAUAAGGCUGAAGAACGUCCCUUGAAGUCAAUGUUGGAGAUUAUUGUGAAGGACAGGUUAAGUGAGGGAGGCAAAACCAGACACCAUCACCAUAGUGACAGUCAAGCUCAUCCAUCAGAGCGAACCACGUCCAGAUCUGCCUUCGACAUGCCAGACAGUGUUGAAACAGAUGCGAGUUUUAUGGAAUCUCUUCAGUGUGACGUAUCAAGGUUAUCUGAAACCAACAGUCUGUCACAGGUUAAUCUUUCUCCAACACCUUCUGAAAAGACAAGCAAGACCCUCCCCAGCUUUUCCGCUUCCCCUGAGAGGAGUGUGUGUUCUUUGUCUUCUGGCCAGGACAGUCUCAAAACAGUGAUAAAAGAGGGAUUUUACUCGGAGAAAAAGGUUCAAGACCCAGACAGCCAGAAGAACAGAGGCAGCAGAAUGAGACGAGGCAUUAUGGCAGGUCCCAUAGCCAGCUCCUCACAGGAAAGUAACAAAAGACGCCCAUCUCGAAAGUCAUCUGGGUCUUCGUCUGUCUCAGCCACCGAGGAUUGUAAAGACACAACAUUCUGGACCAAUGGUCUUAGUACUACACAUAUAAAGUCUAAUCCAUCAGCCUUUCUUGAAGAUGAGGGCGACGUGUUUUCUAAUUUGCAUAGUGGAGAUAGUAAUGGACUUAAAAAGAUCCCAGGAGUCAACACACAGCAUCGCUUAAAGAAUUCAGCACCCAGCCCCAAAGCGGAUGAACUCCAUGUGUUGGAAAUGGUUUUGGAUGACAUUGAGAAUGAGGGGAGCUUAUUUGAUGUUUCUGAAUCACCUGUGCCAGAACUUAGUUUGGACAGGACUCCGAUGGAUCAGAGAACAGCCACUGCUCUGAAGGAAAUCCUCUUUGGUUCACCUAUGGCUUGUUUCACUGAGGAGUGGAAACAACAGAAUUUGACCUUUUCAGGUAUUCCUGGUUUGAAAUACGGGAUUGUACAAAAGAAGGGAGGACCCUGUGGAAUACUCGCAGCGGUUCAGGCCUGUGUUCUACAGAAGCUCCUGUUUGAAGAAUCCAGCAAUGACGCAUCGUACGAGAGAUUGCAGGUAUCGGAGAUUGCAAGGACAAAAUGUUUAUCUCGGGCUUUGGCUGACAUACUGUGGAGAGCCGGGGACAUGAAGAGAGCCACUGUAGCAAUAAACACAGGAAGAAAUCUUUUCACCCCAGCCGGACGCUACAAAUCCGAUGGUAUUUUAGAAAUGGUAACACGUGUCACUGUUGAGACCUUAGAUGCUCUCACAUUGGUUCUUGAACAGCAUGUUCGACAGUUCGAGACGGGUCCCUUUGGCUGUUUCCUGCUGACCAUCUCUGUCAUUCUCUCCAGAACUAUUGCAGCUGUACGAAGUGACAUGGAUGUGCCAACCUCUACUUUGAUUGGGGCCCAUGGCUAUUGCACACAGGAACUGGUCAACCUUCUGCAAUGUGGACAGGCAGUUUCCAACGUCUUUGAUGACGAAAUGAAGCUUGAUUCUGGAAAUGGAAAUUUUACACUUCUGAAGGGAAUUAAAACGCUUUGUAACAUCGGGCUGCUGUCUUUAUUUGAACACUAUAAUAUAUGCAAGGUUGGAUCUCACCUGAAAUCUCCCAAGUUUCCAGUUUGGGUUGUGUGCAGUGAGAGUCAUUUCAGUGUCCUCUUCUCUCUCUCUGAAGAACUGGCAGCGGACCAGUGCAAAAAGGAAGAGUUUGAUUUGUACUAUUACGAUGGGCUGGCCAACCAGCAGGAACCCAUUAGAUUGACAGUCUAUCCAGAUGCUGCUGUUUCUGUAGCUGCUCAGAAUGACAAUACAGACAAUGAUCUUAUUCCUCCAUUGAAUCUCUGCAUCAGGACCAAAUGGCAAAAUGCAGUUAUCAGCUGGAAUGAUAGUGAACCCAUUCUUUGAUCAUGUUCUUGUUACUCCUGUGUGAUUUUAUCUGGUCAAAGAAAGUCCAUUACAUUUUUUUAUUUAAAUGAGGUUAAUGAAUUUGGUAUUUGUUGUUCUAUGGGGCCUCUAUUAUAUUUUUAUCUGGUUGCAUUUCUUUAAAAAUUACUUUCAUAUGUUUGCUGCCUUGAAUUGGGCUUUGUUACUUGUUGUAUGUGCAUAUAGAAUUCAAUAUUCUUUACAAACCUGCCCUUCUCCAGGUGUUAACCAACUUUUGGACAACUAACAAUGGUUAAUCCUCAACCUUAAACUCAAGUGAGAUAAUAAGUGAUGCAUCACUGAAUUAAUUCAUGUAAAUAUACAGAAAACAAUACAUUAGACAUAAUGAAUGAAGAAAAAAGAUCUAUACUUUGCUUUAGCAGAUCUUUUCAGCUCUGUCAUAUGAAGUCAUCAGUUGUGCACUAUAUCUGAAUGUUUUCUUGUGUAUGAUGAAUAUAGAUGAUGAUGACAUGUUAUGUAUACAUAACCUUUAUUUCACUGAACUCAGAUUAUUUCUCCAAGAUUAACACAAUUGUUGCAUGUAAGACGUUUGCCUAGUAAAUAAACAUCAACAUUUAAAUUGGCAAAUGUCUGUAUGUAUACCACACUUUAAAAACGGCUGCCUACUGUAUCGUGCCAUGACGUAGGCCAAUGUUUCUUUAGCCUUUGAAAUGAUGUACCGAAGAUCUGAUUAUGUAAAUUGUAAUGCAUUUCCCAGGUUUUCUAGAUGUGCUUAGAACAUACUGGAAUUACACAUUUGGGGAGGCACAAUUUAAACACAAAACAUCUCCUUUUCUUUUAAAAAUACAUCUCUCUCAUUUGUUCUUAUUUUUUAGGAGUGUUUAUUAAGUAUUUAAUACGUUUUGCUUGCUUUUGAUGUGUGUGAGCUUUUAACCCAAUACAAAUGUCUUUCAUGAUAAACAAUAAAGUACUUUUAAA